AACACACUUUGGGCUUCAGAUGUGUGUGAAUCAUGCCCCAGGACCGGCCUCGCUACGUGAUCGACAGGCCUGCUUACUCACAGGCAGACUUCGAUGAAACAUUUACCAGGCAAUCAAGGACGUUUCCUUUUGCCGACAAAGUUAAGACAGCCUUCAGGUGUUCUGGGGGUCGACUGAAGGCGCUUCUCUUCCGGCACCUGCCUGUGCUGCAAUGGCUGCCAAAAUACAACGCCAAGCAGAACCUCUUGACCGACGUGGUCAGUGGCAUCAGUGCUGGCACCAUCCAGGUUCCUCAGGGGAUGGCGUUUGCCUUGCUGGCCAGCCUGCCUCCAGUGAACGGCCUGUACUCGUCCUUCUUCCCUCUCAUCCCCUACUUCUUCAUGGGCACAGCACAUCAGAUGGUCCCUGGCACGUUCGCUGUUCUCAGCAUCAUGGUGGGCAUGGUAUGCCUCAGGCUGGCACCAGACUCUGAUUUCACCCACUUCAACGCCACCCUCAAUGCCACAGUGGUGGACGAGGAGCAGAUGAACCAGGUGCGCCUGGCCAUCUCGGGGACCCUGGCCUGCCUGACCGCUAUCAUACAGAUCGGACUCGGCCUGAUGCAGUUUGGGUUCGUGGCCAUUUAUCUGUCGGAGUCGUUUGUCCGAGGCUUCAUGACUGCUGCCGGCCUUCAGAUCCUCAUAUCUGUGCUGAAGUACAUCUUCGGCAUCAGAGUUCCCCCCUACAGCGGUCCUUUAGCGAUCAUAUAUACUCUGGUGGACAUCUUCUGUGGCCUUCCUGACACCAAUAUUGCCUCGCUGGUCUUCGCUCUGGUCAGUGGCGGGGUGCUCAUCAUAGUGAAGGAGCUGGGGGCCCGAUACCGCCACAAGAUCCCCUUUCCCAUCCCCAUAGAGAUCAUCGUAGUGGUGGUGGCCACGGCUGUUUCUGGCCCUCUGGAUCUCCCCCAGCGCUACCACAUGGAUGUAGUGGGGAAGAUCCCUCUGGGGUUCCCGGUGCCCAUGGUGCCCGCGGUGUCUGAGUGGGGCGAGAUGCUGGGCACGGCGUUCUCUCUCGCCAUCGUGGGCUACGUCAUCAACCUGGCCAUGGGACGCACGCUGGCCGCUAAACACGGCUACGAUGUGGACCCCAAUCAGGAGAUGCUGGCUCUGGGCUGCAGUAACUUCCUGGGGUCAUUUUUUAAGAUCCACGUGAUUUGCUGCGCCCUGUCGGUCACACUGGCGGUGGACAGUGCGGGCGGCUCCUCCCAGUUUGCCAGUCUGUGUGUAAUGCUGGUUGUCAUGGUUACCAUGCUGGCAUUGGGGGCCUUCCUCAAGCCGCUGCCCAAAUCUGUUCUGGGAGCACUAAUCGCAGUCAAUCUGAAGAACACACUGCUGCAGCUGUCUGACCCCUACUACCUGUGGAAGAAGAGCAAGCUGGAGUGUUGUGUCUGGGUCGUGUCAUUCUUGGCCACGUUCUUCCUGAGCUUACCGUACGGUGUGGCCGUCGGAGUCGGCUUUUCUAUACUGGUGGUGAUCUUUCAGACUCAGUUUCGGAAUGGGUCAGAGGUAGUUCAGAUACUGGACACAGACAUCUACAAAAAUCCCAAAGUCUACAGUAAAGUGCAGCCUGUGUCUGGAGUGAGGGUCGUGAGCUACUGCUCUCCUCUGUACUUCGCCAAUGCUGAUAUAUUCCGCCAGAAGAUCAUCAGAAAGACUGGACUGGACCCAGGGAAGCUCCUGCUGGCCAGAAAGAAGUUCCUGAAGAAGCAGCAGAAAGAGUUGAAGUUGCAGGAGAACGCGGGGAACGCGGGGAACGCGGGGAACGCGGGGAACACGGAGAGGAGACGGACUGUAAGUUCCCUGAUGUUCAUGAAACCACAGACCACGUCUCAGCUCCAGCUGCAGCAGGAUUUCCAGGUGGAUGUUGACGGCAGCCAGCAGUCCGUGCCCACCAGCUACGUAAACUUCCACUGCGCUGAUGACACGGACCAGACGGACCAGCACGCCGGCUCUCAACCCCCUUCUCCCAUCACCAUGGAAACGCAUCCCGUACCCUUCCACACCCUCAUCCUGGACCUGGCGGGAGUCUGCUUCGUCGACCUGAUGGGAAUCAAAGCGCUCACCAAGGUGGACGCUGCCAUCCUGGCCCCUCUUUAGUGAACCUGCUGAUCCUUCACUGACCCUUGACCCCUAGAAUAACCCCUGAGUUGAGUGCAGCUGAUGUGAGGUAUGUUUUUGAAUGUGCAGAUGAAGAAGAGUUAUGAGAUGUUGGGCAUCAGCUUUUACCUGGCCAACGUACAAGCUCAGGUGUAUGCGGAGCUGGAGGCAGGUGGAGUGUUUGAGGAGCGCAGCAUCAUGCGCGACCACCUCUUCCUCUCGGUGCAC